AUGUCGCCGACGGUAGUUGACAGAAUAAAGCGCAAAGCGUCCGACGAGCCUACCCCGGAGUCGAAGCAGAAGAUAAAGAGAGCCAGAACAGGAUCUCCAGAAUCUGAGGCUGGUGAAAAACCCCCACUCAAGCUUGUACCAUAUGCGGAGAAGCCCGCAGUGUUAGAAGAACGGCGCGGUGACAUCGAAUUUCGUGUUGUUAAUAAUGACGGUUCGCGGGAAAGCUUUAUCAUUCUUACGGGACUCAAGUGUAUAUUUCAAAAGCAGCUCCCUAAAAUGCCGAAGGACUAUAUCGCACGGUUGGUAUACGAUAGAACACACCUAUCUAUGGCGAUUGUGAAGCAUCCAUUAGAAGUUGUAGGGGGAAUCACAUAUCGACCCUUUAAGGGAAGAAGGUUCGCUGAAAUUGUUUUUUGUGCCAUAUCUUCCGAUCAGCAGGUCAAAGGAUACGGUGCUCAUCUCAUGUCACACCUAAAGGACUAUGUGAAAGCCACUUCAGAUGUAAUGCACUUUCUGACAUAUGCGGACAAUUACGCUAUCGGGUAUUUCAAGAAACAAGGUUUCACAAAAGAGAUCAGCUUAGAGAAAGCAAUAUGGAUGGGCUAUAUUAAAGAUUACGAAGGCGGCACCAUUAUGCAAUGCACAAUGAUCCCGAAGAUUCGGUACCUUGAAUCUGGGCGUAUGCUUCUGAAACAAAAAGAAGCUGUGCACGCUAAGAUACGCGCUUUCAGCAAAUCUCACAUUGUCCACCCACCCCCAAAAGAGUGGAAGAAUGGGCUGUGCAAGAUUGACCCAUUAAGCAUCCCAGCCAUCAAAGAAUCAGGCUGGUCUCCCGAUAUGGAUGAAUUGGCUCGCCAGCCACGGCACGGGCCCAAUUACAAUCAGCUUCUGCAUCUCCUUAAUGACAUGCAAAACCACAGCGCCGCCUGGCCAUUCGCACAGCCGGUGAAUAGAGACGAGGUUGCCGACUAUUACGAAGUCAUCAAAGAACCGAUGGAUUUGUCGACUAUGGAAGAGAAACAUGAGAAAGACCUGUACCCGUCACCACAGGACUUCGUAAAAGAUGCUAUGCUAAUCUUUGAUAAUUGCCGACGGUACAACAAUGAGAGCACACCUUACGCUAAAAGUGCGAAUAAGUUGGAAAGGUUCAUGUGGCAGCAAAUAAAGAAUAUACCGGAGUGGUCGAGAGUCCAAAGCAAGAUGGCUUCAUCGUCAUCUAUUCAGGAGGAGGAGCAUCGCAACAGACUCCCUACUCUCCUUGAGGUCCUUAGUCGCAGAACGCUCGCGCCUGUUGAUCUCUUUUCCUUCUAUAUUUAUAUGAGAGACCAACAGUGCUCUGUUGACUACCUAGAUUUCUGGCUUGAUGUAUCACAACACAUGUCCCUUUGCCGCCAUUAUGUUCGCGAACUACGUCGCUCCGUGCUCCUCGAGACCCCCGAACCAGAAAAGUUCGACUCCUCAGACUCCCCAAACCUCGCACCUCCUAAUGGUGCUGGCCCUUCGGGACGUGGUUACCCCCCCGGCGACGAUUUCGAGGACGACCAGCGCUUGUCGGCCUUUCUAAGAUCCGAGGGACGAACAUCUAUGUAUUCAGCGCGAAGCAGUGAGGACUCUGGCCGGUCAGAACGUCGCUUUUCCUCCGUCGAUCGGACUCGACGUGUUAGCGAUAUGUUUCCCCAACAUCAUCAAAAUAACUCGAACGGCUCCCCAGGCCACACUGUUGCGCGACCUGACAUUCGUGCUAGUGCUGUGCGCAUACUUUACACAUACCUACUCCCUGGAUCCGAACGAGAAGUUGUUCUCCCCGAUACUAUUGUUGGGGAAAUUGUCCAUAUGAUUGAGCAGGAGGGCAGAGAUGACCCUGAAGUUUUUGAUACCGCCAAAGAUUACGUCUUCCAGGCUAUGGAGCGAGAUGCCUUCCCUGGCUUCCUACAGGCAAAGGCCUUGGGAAACCUAGUGCCGCCUAGUAUCCUAGCUCGGCUUGUCCUUGCUUUGACGAGUUUGGGAGCAGGAUUCUGGGCUGCGUUUUAUGUUGUUCUAACAGAUACUCCACGACGUACAAGAUGUUGGGUGAUCCUACCUUUCGUCGUCGGCGCAUAUUUCUUAUCCUCGUAUCAAUACAGAAUCGACCCACUCCUCGCGUUCAUCGGCCUCAGCGAAUACACUUUUAUGAAUUGGACUUCAAUCCGCGAACCCUAUGUUCGAUCACUACUUCUCAAACGAGCGUCCGUCUCGCUUGCCUUUGCUACAUUUCUUUCUAUCGCCCUAUGCGUUCUUUUUAUUUUCGUCCCUGGGACUCGAUUGUAA